GAUCGAUGCCAUUCUGUUGCCCGCGCCGAGCUGGAGCAGCAGCGGCAACGGCGGGAGUGGACGGCCUUGAGUGCCGUCUAUGUCUCGGCCAGGGAGAAGAAGGUGAACUUAUCGCCCCUUGCAGGUGCGCAGGCAGUAUGCGCUGGGUGCACCGGGCAUGUCUUGACACAUGGCGAGCUUCUGGGCAGAACCCGAAGGCCUUCACGCACUGCUGCGCUUGCGGCUUCCGCUACAAGCUACGCAAGGCCUCUGAAGCAGUGAGCCCAGAACGAUCUGUGCGGCCGGUUUGGCAGCGUGCUGCUGACCUCAUCUCAAGGCCGGUCCAGAGCUUCUCGGUGCUGCCCGAUACAUCGAAGCUUUCCUCAGAUGUGUCCAUCUCUUCUUGUUCUUCUGUCCCCAGCGGCAAUGCAGAGCAUUGUCAGGACUCGACCGACCUUGCCCGCUUGGCGGCUCAGUACGUCGUUGUGGAUCAGAGCUCAACUCCGACAAGCACCGACUGCGCAGAGGACGACAGCAGCUUCUGCGCAAUCGCACUUUAUCCUUUUGAUCCCACAGCGCUCGGUGGAACCGAGCCUGGAAACUUCUUGGGGCUUGGAGUUGGGCAGUUGAUGCAGGUCACUCAUGAUUCACGAAGCGGCUGGUUCUGGGGACAUCCGGCUACCGAGCCGGAGAAGGGCGGCUACUUCCCCAAGAGUCAUGUGGUGUCCUUCGCCGCUUUCUGCAAGCUGCAGCGGAUGUACUAUGCCAAACCGAAAGGGCUGUGA